UCUGUUUUCUACUGCUGUUGUAGCAAGAAGUGCUAUGAAGUUCAGAAUAGUAAUUGAUAAGGUCUAAAUUCUUAGGAUGAUACAGCUCUAGUAAUCUCUGGUAGUAUAUGCGCUAGUCUAGUCACAUGACAGCUGUUCUGAAGUUCGAAUGUUGUACUAAACCUUAGCUCGAUUGUUCCGCGGCACCAAUUCGUCAUCGCCAAAUAACCAACUUCCCACCUUCAUCUAUCCACCCAUGAGCUUUCCCCGUGCGCUCGCUGCCCACGCAGCAGCACAAAUACUGCAACUAUCCCAGUCGUCAUAAUGCUGCCACAGAAUAGGCGCCUGCGGCAUCUCCAAGGAAUCUACCUUCGAAACCUGAGCUUUACCCGGCCCUACGGCAGAGCUGCCGACGAUCUUGAGGCCGACCUCCCUUCCACCAAAUCCCAAGCUCUACACGAUGGCCCAUCGCCGCCACAGCUGCUUCACCAUGCCCAUUCCUCCGAGAGCUUGCUGCAUACGACGAAAGCCAAUGCACGCCGCCGUAGCACCACUACCCUGGCUGGAGCGAACCCUAUCACGCGCCAGAAGCAGCUAGAGUACACCGUCGAGGGUAGAGCCGCCGACGUGUUCUUCUCGCUGCAUUGCGAGGGGGCUAAGGAAGAUCCGGUAUACAUCAGCGAAGUGGGUGAGCGAGCUAUCAACUUCAACUUCCGCUUCUUUGAUCUAUCCCAAGCCGGGCCGUCCAUCACGAGAAAAUCCCAAUUCGUAAUAAAGAUAUGGGCCAAGAGACAGCUUUCCUGGAGCUUACUACUCACCGAAAAUGUCGAUCUUCGCUCCUUGAACUAUCUCGGGAGUUUACAAAACUACCAAUUCCCACCUAAUUGUCUCGUAUUUCACCUUAUCGAUGGCAUUUACUCCUUCGAGCUCUCGAGCAAACGGCCCGAGCCCAAACAAUCACCUGCCCUACCAACCUCCUCGUACAACGCGCUGAUGAAGCUUUCCAACCUCGACAACUCCAUCCAAGACGCCCUAGCGACCCGAGAAGCCCUAACCGCGCAGAUUAACUCGAUCCUCGAACGCACGCCCCCUGACGCCGUCCCCCAGGCCCAAGAAUCCGCCUCUCUCGCCGCGAAAUACGUCACCGCCCAGACCCGCACCCUCCGGGCCGCACAAACCCGGCGCGCGGACUUGCAAGCCUCGAUCGCGGCCCGCCGCACCGCCAUCCAGGAGGGCCGCGCCGCGCAAGCCAAGGCGAGCGAGGACGUCAGGCACGCGCAGUCCAAGCUGCCGGCGUCGCGGGCGCUGCUAGCGUCGGCGCGGGAGGCCAUCCACGGCCAGCGGCGCCGCAUAUGCGAGGACCUGGCGCACAUCUUCCCGAUCGCGCCGGCGCCGUCGGGCGCCGCGCUCUCCUUCCACAUCUGCGGCGUGCCGCUGCCCAACACGGACUACGACCCGACGUCGUCGUCGUCGACGGAGGACUCGCUGUCGGCGGCGCUCGGCUACGUCGCGCAGCUCGCGCACGCGCUGCAGUUCUACCUCUCGGUGCCGCUGCCGUACGCCGUCGCGCCGUUCGGCUCGCGCAGCAGCGUGCGCGACGACAUCUCGCUGCUGCCCGACUCGCAGCGCGAGUUCCCGCUCUUCCUAAGGGGCGGCGCCACGGCGCAGUACCGCUUCGAUUACGCCUGGUUCCUCCUGAAUAAGGAUAUCGAGGCCCUGUGCGUGGCGGCUGGCUUGAAGGUCGUGGAUAUUAGACAUACCCUGCCGAACCUGAAGUACCUCCUGUACGUCUGCAGCGCGGGCCGCGACGAGGUUCCCGAGCGGAAGAGGGGUGGUGUUAGGGGGUUGUGGGCCGGGAGGUUGAAGGGCAAGGGCGUGGCGGAUGAUGGCGCGAGUAUAAGUACGGCGGGGAGUAGGAGUAGGCCCGGCAGCGCGGAUAGCGAGGCCCAGGGCGGCAGGCAGAGGGAUACGUUGAUGGGGAAGGUUACUGGGACUGGGGCCGGGGUUGGAGGCCUGCUUAGUCCUGGAGUUAGUUUUGGGCCUGGGGCUGGUCGUAGUGCGAGUAGGGAGAGGGGGAGAGAGGGGAAAAGCGAAGGCGAGAUUAAUGGGAAUGGAAACGGCAUCGUUGAUGGGCCGUCGAGUCUAGCGAGUGCUGGGGGUAUAGGACUCCCGUUUGACGAGGGCGAUACGAAACUUACGCUCAGGACGAAGGGAUUGAGGGAGAAUGUCGGUGCGCAUGCUUGAGAGGUUGAGUCAUUAAGUGAUGGGGCAUUGCUUAAAGAGAGGUAAGCUGAGAUGUUGAGAUGAGAGCAAGCAAGGAUACUUGAAGACACGUAGUACGUCCCGUAGUUGAGUUGAAAGAGAUACCCCUUAGAGAGGAGAGUCAAAAUGAGGAGGCUGAGAUGAGCUGGCGUAGAUGAGGAUGAUAAUUGAAAUUACUAUUUUCCGCAACCCUUUCUUCUGCAAGAUAUGUCGUGUGUGCACUUUUUGGUGUUGAAAGCAAAUCCAGAGAACUUGGAUAGCUUUCCAUUUCCAUUCAUUAACCCGAGCCACGCUCGUCUAAGCAGCCAUCAUAGAUAAACAUACAUAUCUGACUCUCCUCUCUGUUCUACUAAUCGUACAAGCCAGCCAAUAAGCACCCAACCAACCAACCACUUAUCCAGACGACAUCCGCGAGCUCGUACUCGCUCGCCGUCAUCUACCGUCCCCAGGGUAUAAAAA